AUGCAACAUAUUCCUCUAAAUGUUGGAGGUGUGCUAUGGGACUUAUCCAACUAUCCCUAUGGCCCCAUCUUCAAGAGCAGACACAGCCUUACAACGCUGCCAUUCUAUAACUUUCUGCUAUGGGUCCUGCUCGGGGUUUUGACGUUUCCAUGCUGUGUCCAGUGUUUAAUCUUCAAAGUUGGGGUCCUUGGGCCCUGGAACUGCGACCCGGUCUACUCCAAGGCCCUACCUGCGCUGGCCGCUAAACUGGCCGUGGGCAGAAUAAACGAGGAUUUCAGUUUAGAUUUGGGCAGCAAAUUGGACUUUGUGAUCCUGCAAGAAGCAUGUGAAACGUCUAAAGCAUUGACAACAUUUGUGUACUACGAGAAGAUGGUGGACGGUUUCGUCGGCCCCACGAAUCCAGGAUACUGUGACGCAGCCUCACUUUUGGGCAAAAACUGGGAUAAAGCUAUCUUUUCCUGGGCUUGUAUUAACUAUGAGUUGGAUCGAAUCAAGGGUUACCCAACCUUCGCACGGACACUGCCGUCACCCACACGGGUGUUGUUCACCGUGUUAAAGCAUUUCAGUUGGGCCAACAUCGGCAUCGUGUCUUCCAAUGAGGAUAUCUGGAUAGACACCGCCGGUAAAGUGGCCAACUCCCUGCGGAGCCAGGGACUUCCCGUUGGCAUAGUAGCUUCGGUGGGAAUGAACGAGACGGAGAUGGAAAGCACACUGAGCAGAAUCCAGGCUGCUGGAGAGAUCAAAGUGAUCAUCAUGUGCAUGCACUCUGCUCUGAUUGGUGGGGAGCAGCAGGCAGCCUUCCUGCUGAAGGCUCAUGAGAUGGGUCUGACGAAGGGCCGCUACGUUUUUGUCCCCUAUGACACCCUGCUCUAUAGCCUGCCCUACACCAACACGUCCUACUUCCCCCUGCAAAACAACACCAAGCUGCGGCAGGCCUACGACGCCGUGCUCACCAUCACUGUGUCCUCAGAUCUGAUGUCAUUCAACGAGGCGUUCAACAUGGCCAAGAGGUUUGAGGAACUCACCAUAUCACUGGUCCCACAGCAGGUCAACCCCCUGUUUGGAACCAUCUACAACGGUAUUUACCUCCUUGCCAAAGCCAUGCACAAUGCCAGGAGAGCUGGCCAGUGGCUCUCCGGGACCAACCUAGCUUAUUUCACCAGGAACAUGACGUUCUCUGGCUUCAACCAGAAGAUCCAGAUAGACACUGAAGGGGAGAGCCAGACCAACUAUGUCAUCCUGGACUCCGACGGAUGGGAGGGUCAGCUGUACCGCUCCUAUCUGGUGGACCUGAGCGCUGACAUGGUCCGCUUCGCAGGCAAAUCCAUUCAUUUCCCUGGGGGUUCCCCUCCCUCCGCAGACUCCAGCUGUUGGUUUGAACCAAACAUUAUCUGCACUGGAGGUGUGGAGAUAACCUACGUCAUAGUGGUGGUUGUGAUCAUCUUCAUUCUGAUCGUGGGAGGACUUGGUCUAAGUCUGUUUGUAAGGAGGAGAAUCCAGCAGAUCCAGUUGGUGAAGGGGCCCAAUCGGAUCCUACUGACUCUAGAGGACCUCACGUUCAUCAACCCUCAACUUAGCAAGAGGAAAAUCACUCUAGAGGACCUGAGUGAAUCUAAAAGUGCAAUAGACAACAACGGUAUGCAUUCAGGAGACCUGCACCACUCUGUGAACAGCAUCACUACCGCAACACAUGACACCACAAAUGUAGCUGUCUAUGAGGGCGACUGGGUGUGGCUGAAAAAGUUUGAAGAAGGCCAUUUCAAGGAAGUCAAGCAGAGCACCACCAAGAUCUUUACAAAGAUGAAGGAUCUGCGAAAUGAGAACAUCAAUCCGUUCCUGGGGUUUUUCACAGACUGUGACAUGUUUGCCGUGGUGACGGAGCAUUGUUCCCGUGGCAGUCUGCAGGACCUCCUGAGGAACGAUGACGUCAAGCUGGAAUGGAUGUUCAAGUCUUCUUUGUUGCUGGACCUAAUCAAGGGUAUGAAGUAUCUGCACCAUCGAGAGUUCCCUCACGGUCGGCUGAAGUCACGGAACUGUGUGGUGGACGGUCGCUUCGUCCUCAAGAUCACAGACUACGGCUUUAACGAGCUGCUGGAAUCCCAGAAAUCCCCCAAAAAUCUAGUUCCACCUGAAGAUCAGUUUUGGACAGCUCCAGAGUUCCUCCGAGACGUGGAGAACUCUCGGAAGGGCACCUAUAAAGGAGAUGUGUAUAGUUUUGCCAUUAUACUCCAAGAGGUGGUUGUCCGAGGACUUCCAUAUUGCAUGCUGGGUCUGACUCCUGCGGAGAUCAUCCGUAAGGUGAAGAAGCCUCCUCCCAUGUGCAGGCCCACGGUGGCCCCAGAUCAGGCUCCUCUGGAGUGUAUCCAGCUGAUGAAACAGUGCUGGAGCGAACAGCCUGACCGGAGACCAGCCUUCGAUGAGAUCUUUGACCAGUUCAAGCUGAUCAACAAGGGCAAGAAGACCAACAUCAUUGACUCCAUGUUGCGGAUGCUGGAACAGUACUCAUCUAACCUGGAGGACCUGAUCAGAGAGAGGACAGAGGAGCUGGAAGUGGAGAAACAGAGGACAGAGAAACUGCUGUCUGAGAUGCUGCCUCCUUCUGUGGCAGAGGCUCUGAAGACGGGUGCAACAGUGGAGCCAGAGUACUUUGACCAGGUCACCAUCUACUUCAGUGACAUAGUAGGCUUCACCACCAUCUCCUCCCUCAGUGAUCCCAUCGAGGUGGUGGACCUGCUCAAUGACCUGUACACGCUGUUCGACGCUGUGCUCAGCAACCACGACGUAUACAAGGUGGAGACCAUUGGUGACGCCUACAUGGUGGCGUCAGGUCUGCCCAAGAGGAAUGGCAACAAACACGCAGCGGAGAUAGCCAACAUGUCCCUGAACAUCCUGAGCUCUGUGGGCACCUUCCAGAUGCGCCACAUGCCCGGCAUUCCCGUCAGGAUACGAAUAGGGAUACACUCAGGGUCAUGUGUGGCUGGGGUGGUGGGUCUGACCAUGCCUCGGUACUGCCUUUUUGGAGACACAGUCAACACUGCCUCUCGUAUGGAAUCCACUGGGCUGCCUUAUAGAAUUCAUGUGAACAUGAGCACUGUGAAGAUCCUGCGCUCCCUCAACGAGGGCUACAAGAUAGACGUCAGGGGCAUGACAGAGCUGAAGGGUAAAGGCAUUGAAGAGACUUACUGGCUGGUUGGGAAAGAAAACUUCACAAAGCCUUUACCGAACCCUCCAGAGAUUAAACCAGGGGACAACUGGCAAGAGAUGGUGACAGAUGAGAUCAAGACGAUAUUUCGCAAGGCCAACCGGGAGGUGGACAAGCCUAAAAUAUGAGCAGACGAGACAGACGGAGAGAGACAAACACGGGGAGAAGAGGACACAUCCAAAGAGAGAGAGGGAGGAAGAGAAUGGGAUGAUGAAGAACUGGAGGACAGAGGGCAUGGACCGGCCUGCUCACUGCAGCUUACGUGGCCUCCUUUAAUAGGAUUUCCUGGCUUCUGUCUGUGUAAUCUGCUUGUGGCCAGCACAGCAGAAAGGGAGAGCACUAAUGAAAUGAAGGUUGUUGUA